AUGCCUCAUGUAUUAGAAGAUUUAAGGAGAGUCUUUCCAAAAAAGUCAUUUCUACUCCAAACCUAUAUGUUAGGUUGUUUCUACUUGAUACAUCAACAACUAAAUAUUGACGAGAAGAAGAAGGAAAAACAGACGAUGCCGAUAUGGAGAUCAAAGUUAAUUGAAAAUCAACACCAACGACAUUUGAAAUAAUUUUAAUUGAAAAUCUUAAUCGAUUAACAAAUACCACUCAAACCUAGACACAAAUCGUCUUAUGGCUUGAUGGAAUUCAGAACACCGCAAUUCGUUGAGUUUCCAAACCUGAAUCCUCCCAACACAACCUCAUAAGUGCAUACCUUACAAAUCGACUCGAAGCAGAUUCAGAAUUUCAGUUUGGAUGACCUAUCAACUAUCGAAAGCGAAUUUGUGCCCGAUUUGAAAACAGACUUGCAAGUGCAGAAGUCUGUAGACAUGACAUAGAGUUGCAUCUUUUGAAUUUGUUUUUUUACUUCUCCUUUUUAAUUAUAUAUAUAUUAUA